AUGACAUCUCAUGAGAAUUUUCAGAAAAUUGCAAAAGAAAUAAUGUUAACAACAACAAAGAAAAUAGUUAGAUUUGAAUGUAGUGAUAAACCAGCAAGUCGAUAUAAUUCUAAAUUAGGAGGAAAUCCUUAUUUACCAAAAGGAUUUGAAUAUCCAAAAGACUUAUCCACUAACAAACCAUUAUCUUUUCUAAUGCAAAUUAAUUUUGAAGAAUUUGAAGCAUUAGAAAAUUAUCCAACAAAAGGAAUUUUACAAUUUUAUAUUUUAGUUGAUGAUUCAUAUAAUUUUGGAGCUAAUUAUGAAGAUAUAACAAACCAAGAACAGUUUAGAGUUGUUUAUUUUGAGUCAAUUGAAAAAGAUGAAACUAAAUUACAAGAAGCACCAAUUAUUGAAAAUAAAAAUGACGGUCCUAUAUUUACACCUUGUUUAUUACUUCCAGAAAAAGGAGAAAUGGGAAUUUCACCUAGCUGUUAUCAAUUUAAUAAAAUUGUUGAUAAAUAUGCAAUGAAAUAUGAAAUUGAUGAUUCAGAAAAAGAUAGUUUAAAUGAAUAUCUUUAUGAAUUUUUAAGUGUUCAAGAUGAUAUUCAUAUUGGUGGAUAUUCUUCAUUUACACAAGAAGAUCCUCGAUUCUAUGAUAAUAAACAACUUACUGAAACUCUUCUUCAAAUUGGAAGUAUUUUUGGUGGAAAUCAUUCGAACUAUAUAAUGUGGGGAGAUUGUGGUAUUGCUAAUUUCUUUAUUAAUCCAGAAGAUCUUAAAGCAUCAAACUUUACUCGAGUUGGUUAUAUCUGGGAUUGUUGCUAA